GCCAGGACAUUUGUCCCUAUAAACGGUUUAAUUAGUUUUAAUUUUUAUAUUAAAAAUAAAAUAAAAAAAUAUGUACUUUGUCUGUGUUGCCGUUUGGGUAUCAUUGGUCCACUUACUUCCCAGUGACGCGAUCAUUUUAGAUCGGUAUGCAACCAGGAGAACAAGAGCUAUCGAUGGUUAUGAUAAUAACCAAAUUACUGGCUCACUGUCUUUCAAACCGAGCAUACCUAAAGAAUGCGAAGAAAUCGGUAUUUGCGAUGACGUACCGGAGUACCCGCAGCAGUACGUGACGCAACUGAUCGAUCAGAUAAAUAAAGUCAAUCAAACCCAUUUCAAUAUGGACAUAAUACAACUCGACGAGCGGUUUGGACCCGAGGAAGAUAACACGGAAUUGUGCCAAUCAAAGACAAUGCUUUUUAGUCCGCUGGCAGCACGAUCCGUUAAUGGAAAAAAAUGGUACUAUAUUGUGAAUAAGAGAAACGAAGAGGCCGUACAAACAUUCCGAGUAGAUGUUUGCAAUAAACAAAAUGUCAUGUGUGAUAAUGUGGCGAGUUUUGCACUUGGCAACGAAGGAUACUGCAAACAGAAGUAUAUUCUACGCAAAAUGGUGGCAUUGGACUACACAGGAAGUACAUAUGAAGAUUAUUUCAUCAUCCCUAGCUGUUGUUCUUGUGUAUACAGAACCCUAUCGUACAAUUUGAAAUAACUGAUGCGAUCAGAAAUUUAAGAUCUAAAAAAUACUCAAAUGUUCAAAAACUCUACUACUAGAGUUUCGGUUGUGAAUUGCUUGAAUUAUUUAGAGAAAAAUGCCUGUAAAACCCGCUCUAUUACUUGCAUUUUUAUCUAUGGCUGUGACUCUUAUUGACACAUAUUUUAAGUUUCGUUUUAUUAAGUAAUAGUGAGAGAUGAAAAUAUGAUUUUCUACAAGUGUGUUGUUAUAAAUUUGAUUGAUUUUGUUCUUAAAGUUUUAUAUUAAAAAGAAAUCUUACUGACUGUACUUGAACCGACAUUUACAAAAGUCCGAAGGAAAAUACUGAUUAUUCAAAAUUAAAGCAAUAUGAUUGAAAAUACAUAGGUUAAUCUAAUUAUUUAAGUAAUUAACAUAUUCUACAUCCUAAAUUUUGUAUAUAGUUUGUCAUAUUUAUUAGCAAUACUGAAUAAAUAAAUAAAAAAUA